AUGUUGUCCAAGAUUUUACUGCCCGUUCUUACACUUGCAGCCAGUGCCAAUGCGCAUGGCUAUCUCACUUCACCCAUGAGCCGAACAGGACUGAAUGCACAGUCUGGGGCCGACACGUGCCCCGAAUGCACAAUCCUGGAGCCGGUAACAGCAUGGCCAGACCUUGACGCCGCAGCCGUUGGCCGCUCGGGUCCUUGCGGGUACAAUGCUCGUGUGUCUGUUGACUACAAUCAGCCUGGGCCUCGCUGGGGUUCUGAGCCGGUCAUUACCUACAAGGCUGGGGAUGUCGUCGAUGUGCAGUGGUGCGUAGAUGCCAACGGUGACCACGGUGGCAUGUUCACCUACCGCAUCUGCCAAAACCAAGCGCUCGUCGACAAGCUCCUGACCCCUGGAUACCUCCCUACUGAAGCAGAGAAGCAAGCAGCCGAGGAUUGCUUCGAAGCUGGAGAGUUGAAGUGCACAGACGUCCCUGGACAGACAUGCGGAUUCAACUCUGACUGCCAGCAAGGUCAAGCCUGCUGGAGGAAUGACUGGUUCACCUGCGGCGGCUUCAACGACAACACCAAAUGCAGAAGCGUCGACAACGCCCCCUUGAACUCCUGCUACACCAGCAUCGCAGGCGGCUACACCGUCAGCUCCAAAAUUAAAAUCCCAAACUACACAAGCAACCACACCCUCCUCUCCUUCAAAUGGAACUCGUUCCAAACCCCCCAGGUCUACCUCACCUGUGCCGACAUCAAGAUCACAGGAAGCGGCUCCGGCACCUCUCCACCCCCUACCUCCAGCAAACCCCCUACAUCCUCUUCUAAACCCACUUCCACUUCCACUUCUGCAGCAACAGCCACCGCCUGCGCGACCCCCCUCUCCACCGUCGCCGUAACCUUCAACUCCAAAACCAGCACCACCUUUGGCCAAACCGUCAAGAUCGCCGGUUCCAUCUCUCAACUCGGCAGCUGGAACACCGCCAACGCCCCCGCGCUGUCCGCAGCCCAGUACACGUCGGCCAACCCGCUGUGGACCACCACCAUCAACCUGCCUGCAGGCACGAGCUUCGAGUACAAGUACAUCAAGGUGGAGAGCGGGGGCGCAGUGACGUAUGAGAGUGGUGCGAAUAGGCAGUUUACUGUACCUAAGGGGUGUGCUGCGGGUGUGAGUGUUGAGGGGAGCUGGAAGUAG